UUCUUCUUCUUUGUCCCUUAUCUCUGAUUUUCGAGCGAUGGUUUUUUCUCCUGCUCCCAUGGCUUCCACCAAGUGUUCCGACGGGUCCAGUUGUUCGGCCUUGAGGUCUUUUUCUUCGUCUUCUUGUUCCUCGUCUUACACGGCCAUGGCCGCGGAUCAGAUGGUGAAGGUUGAGAUUGAGGCGGCGGAGGCUCUGGCGGAUUUGGCGGCUUUGGCAGUGAGAGAGAGUGGAGCUCAACCGUCGGACAAGAAAUGGAGGACCAAACUUAAGGGGAAACGAGCCAGGAAGGAUGUUAAGAGCGAGUCGCCGACCAAUGACUUCCUGGACUCUCUACCGAGUCGUUCGGAUCUGGACCGUCGGAUUGAGCAGGAUAGAGGGGUGGUAAGUCAGCAGCCAUCAGAAAAGGAAUGUACAAAUCAAUCGCGCUCCGAUUGCGAAACAACGAGAAAGAUGUUAAAGACGGAGAAGGAGGUCGAAUUAUCUAAAGUGAGUCCUAAAUGUACUACAAGCUACCCAUUAUUUGGCUGCAGGAAGUCGAGGCGUAAUCUAACUGAGGCUGAAAAGGAAGAAAGGAGAGUACGUAGAAUUUUAGCAAACAGAGAGUCUGCCCGGCAAACAAUUCGACGUAGGCAGGCUCUGUGCGAGGAGUUAACCAAAAAGGCUGCUGAUUUAGCAUGGGAAAAUGAAAAUUUGAAGAGGGAGAAGGAGUUGGCCCUGAAAGAGUACCACUCUCUGGAGACUACUAACAAGGAAUUAAAGGAACAGAUGGCUCAAGCAGUAAAGCCCAAGGUGGAGGAAAUCCCAGGAAACAAUAGAUCAUCUCAUCUCCAGAUACCUCCUUUACCCACCAACUACCCUCUUUUUUUGUACGGUCGCCCUCCAUUUGCGUCGUAUUUCUGGCCCUCUAGUCCUUAUCAACAUGAACUACCCAACGUCGUUGUCAUUCCGUCAAGUAUUCAUUUGCCAACCAAUAGUAAUGUUUCUGACUCUUCCCAUGUACAUGAAAACUUUACGAACAGCAAUGGCCCGAGUACACCCUUUUGUUUACUACCUUGUUCGUGGUUGUUACCUCAUCAUGACCGUAGGAAUCAACAGGGUCCUCAAGUCUCGUGUUCCACGGGAAAUAAUCAAGAGGAUAUUUGUUUGAAUUCCCAAAAUAGUUGUCAUACUUCAAAGGUGGCUGUGCGUGCAGAAAGCAGACAUUCUUCUUUGCCUUCAACUGAAGAAAAAAAGGAAGCAACUGAUUCAACCGAAGCUUUGAACCCCAAGAAUCAUAUUCAGAACCCAGUUGGGGUAGCUGUGGGGGGAUUUGAGACUGACGCAAAAGCUCAAGUUAGGAGAAUGAUCUCUCCUGUGAGAUUUAAAUGUAUCGAAUCCACAUCUGCUGUCAAGCAAGACAAUCGGAGCAAAGACGAUCACGGUCUGUCAACAAGAGCUUGUGCUGACUUCUGUGUUUUUCCAGAAAAGAAGCAUGAAGCAGAGAGUGUCUCCAGUAAGAAAACCAUAGAUGCAAUGGUUGCAGCCGAGGCAAGGAGGAGGAGAAAAGAACUAACAAAGUUAAAGAAUCUUCAUGGCCGUCAAUGCCACAUGCAUUCUUGAUCUAUAUGGCCAAAAGGUCGCUGACUGUUCGUCCUCGCCUCAUCUGUGUAUUUCACUGGCUUUUGAUGAUAGAGGCAAGCCACCGGUAACCGAAGUUGUAGCUUUUUUUUGAGGCGUUCUCUGUGCCUUUGUUGCCAAGAUCAGAGCGUCGAGAUCUCGCCAGUGACGGGAAUCGAGGCGUUUUCUUUUUUGGUGUCUGUUCUGAUGAACUUACUAACAAAUGAGAUAGGUGCUGAGGAAGAGAUGCUGAUUAACUCCCAAGAGCUUUGAGCUGGGAUUUGGAAGGCCAGCAAAAAAGGAAAUGAGAUUGUAAGAAUUUUGUAUUAAAAUCUUCUAUGGCUACUUCAAUAACCCUUCUUUGGGUUGGCUACAAUUCUUCUUCUUCAUUAAAGUGAAGUAUAGGAGAUGUGCCAUUUACUUUGUUAUAAAGCAGAGAACAAAUAAAAGAUGUGAAAAGCCAAAUUGAAAAUCUCAAUGUUUUCCUUCAA